GAACGAUCCACGAAAAGUCUAUGCGUCUCGAUAACGAGACAUCGCCGCGCACCCGGAGAUUGUCAGAACUUUAUAUGGAGGCAGUGUAGCGCGUCAACGGCUUGUGCGUUUCGCGAACGGCAAAAGUGAAUGACUGUAGACAAUGUUGCAGGCAGACUGCGAACUCCACGGGAAGAUGUUGAGUGUUCUAGGUUUUCUUUUGUUAGUCGUCAGGGCGAACUGCAUGUAUGCAUCCAAUUCGGCCGUCAUUGAUCUUAGGCCAAAUAAUUUUGAUAACUUAGUGCUCAAUAGCGAUCAUAUCUGGGUGGUUGAAUUUUAUGCCCCAUGGUGUGGACACUGCCAACAGCUGAUGCCAGAGUACGACAAAGCUGCUAUUGCUUUGAAGGGUGUAGUGAAAGUCGGUGCUGUAAAUGCUGACGAGCACAAGUCUCUUGGAGCUAAAUAUGGUGUACGAGGUUUUCCAACCAUUAAGAUCUUUGGACUUGAUAGCAAACCAGAGGAUUACACAGGUCAGAGAACUGCAGCUGGCAUUGUUGACGCUGCGCUGAAUGCUGCCAGUCAGAAAGUCAGGAGAACUUUAGGCGGUAAAAAAACAGGAAGUGAUUCCAAGAGUAAAAGUUCCAAGGAUGUAAUAGAGUUGACAGAUGAGAACUUUGAAAAAAUGGUUUUGAAUUCAGAGGAUAUGUGGCUGGUCGAAUUUUAUGCUCCUUGGUGUGGUCACUGCAAAAAUCUUGCACCUGAAUGGGCAACAGCAGCUACAGAACUAAAAGGCAAAGUAAAACUAGGUGCCUUGGAUGCAACUGUGAACACAUUGAAGGCUAGUCGGUAUAAUAUUAAAGGCUACCCCACUAUCAAGUACUUCGCUCCGGGUAAAAAAGACGCUGAUUCGGUGCAGGAGUAUGAUGGUGGCCGCACUAGCGGCGACAUUGUCAACUGGGCGCUCGAAAAAUUAUCGGAAAAUAUUCCAGCACCGGAAGUAACACAAAUUAUAUCCGAACAGAGUCUAAAGACUGCUUGUGAAGACAAGCCGAUCUGUGUGGUCUCUGUUCUACCAGACAUCCUGGAUUGUCAGUCUGACUGCAGAAACGCAUAUUUGAAGACGUUGAAUAGUCUCGGGGAUAAGUACAAGAAGAAGAUGUGGGGAUGGGUAUGGUCCGAAGCUGGUGCUCAACCACAUAUCGAGGAGGCAUUAGAGAUCGGAGGUUUCGGUUAUCCAGCGUUGGCAGCAGUCAAUAUCAAGAAGAUGAAAUAUUCAUUACUGAAAGGAAGUUUCUCGUAUGACGGUAUAAACGAAUUCUUGAGAGAUUUGAGUUAUGGUAGAGGCGGCACUGCGCCCUUGAAGGAAGCAUUGCCCCGCGUUCUGAAAACGGAGCCUUGGGACGGCAAGGACGGUGUUCCUCCCCAGGAGGAGGAUGUCGAUCUCAGUGACGUUAAUUUAGACGAGAAAGACGAGCUAUAAUUCCCGAGAGUCAAUGUAUAAAACUUUUUUUUUCGAACAUUCGCUACACAAGAUAUAGAUCUUUUUCGGCAGAACUGAUAUUAAGGCCGUUAAAUUUUAUUGCCUCGAAAUUUAUUUGUAUUCGAAUGUUUAUACCUAAAACUUGUGUGACUAAAUAGUAAGAAACAAUCGUCUCUUAUUUUCGGUGAUCUAUAGGAAGACUUAAUAUCAGUAUGUCAAUAUAGUGAUUUGCUGACCUAUAUGUCGAAGUAGCAGUUCUCAGGUGCAGUUAUCCAAUUUCAUAUAUGAAAUUAAAUAUUUAAGUGAUUCUUCCAUUAAAGCCAACUUUAUACAAUUUUAUUUUGUUACUUCACAAAAAUUAAUGGUAAAUUUUUUACGUAAAUGUAUAAUUUGUAUAUUGUCACGUCAGUUGUUAUUUAUAUGUUUAAAAAUUAUAAUUUGGAGAACGUGUUCCGAUAUCAUAACGCAUUUAUUAGUCCAUUUAUUAGGAAAAGAAGUUACUUAAGAUAAAGUUUAUGUGUAAAGUCAUAUAUAUAUAUAUUUCAUAUUUGUAAUAAAUAUAUGUCAUACAUUUAUACGUAUAUGUUUUUACAAGUCUUUUCUUUAUGAGUAUUGCGAUUUUAAUAUAUAUUCUAAUAGCUUUAAGAGAAUUCACUGGUGUACACUCUGCAGAACUACUUGGUUCUCCCUGUAACGGGACCAAAUUCAGAAAUAACGAGAAUCAGUCUAUCGUUCUAAUGUGUGUUAGCGCUCCAUAACAUUAAGCUUAUUGUCAUUCAAUUAAUCAAAUGUAUCGUUUAUGUAGAGUCUUCCAGAUUAAUGUAUAUUGUA